AUGUCAACAACAUCGAAUAUUUCAAUGGAUUAUUUAAAAGUACCAACUAAUGAAGAAACAGAUAACUCUGAACCACGUCGUACAUCUUCAUUUAUUCAAAAACCUAAUUCAAUCAAUAAACGUAUACCUUCAAAUUUAAGUCUCCCAUGUGUAAAUCAUGGUAUUCUUAAAUCAUCAAAUUCUUCAUGUCGACCUCUAUCAAUAUCAUCACAUUCAAGUGUUUAUUAUUCACCUAUGAUAGAUGAAUAUGAUGAUCAAACAGAACUUAUUCCAUCAUUUGUUGUUCCAACAAUAGAAUUAUCACCUUCAAUAAACAAUAGUCAAUUAGAAAAUACUUCUACAGAUAAUGAUCAAUUACAAAAUACUGCUAAAAAGAAUGAUCAUCAUUUUUAUAUACAAAGACGAUAUGGAUUAAGUACGUUAUUAACACAAUCAUAUUGGUCAAAUCAUCCACUUUCACUUAAAAAAAGAAGCAAUGCCGAAAAUAUAGAUGCUUACAAAAUCGUCAGUAUACUCUAUGGUCUGGUAAUUUUUAUUGGUGGUGUGGCUUUUUCGAUAUCACAUGCUAUUAUACCAACAGAACAAGUUGGAAAGAUUCGACAUUUAGCUGAGGUUUAUUUUACAUACCUUUAUUGGAUAUCAAUAGGUUGGAUAACCUUUUGUAUAAUCGAUAUAGUUCGUCAUCGACAUAAAUUUGAUAUAAACUCAAAAGCAAUUAAUAGAUUAGAUUCAAAUCACAAACCACACCAUAAUCCUAAUUUACGUUUAUUAGAUAAUAAACGUCGAGCAGUACCAUUCAAUGAACAAAUAUCUCAAUUACCACCACCACCAUCAUUUAAUUUACAAUUAUUUGAUGAUUCUGAUGAAUUUCAGUCUGAAAAUAAUGAUGAUGAAAAUAAUCAUGAACAAAAUGAAACAAGUUCAUUUAAGCCAGUUCAAGAUGAUGACGAUGACGAUGAUGAUAAAAGUUUUCGUCCUACAAAUCGAAAAUCACAAUCAUUAGAAGAUCUAUCAUCAAAAUCAUCGGAUGUUCUAAGAAAACGUUAUGAUAGAACGCGAAGUGCUUUAUCUAGACGCCUUGCAUUAGAUCCUGGUGGUGUACAUAAUUUAAGAACUUAUGUACGUCAUCGAAAAGAUAGUAUUGUACAACGUGUUAUGGGUUAUAAUUAUGAUGAUCAUUCGACAGCCGGUGGUCUUUAUAUUCGUGUUGGAAUUGGAAUUUUUUGUCUUGGAACUGUUAUACAUUCGGGUUUAUCAAUAUUAAGUAAUCUUGAAAAUCGUUCUUGCUCAAGAUGGACAGCUCUUAUGGAUGAUUGUUCAAGAUUACUAUUUAGUUUUAUUCAAUUCUUCUUUAUUUUUAAACAUUCAAAUUUAAUUAUUCGAGCACAUGAAGGUCUAGCUCGAUUAGCUGUUAUGCAUAUUGUUGUUACUAAUUUAUGUGUGUGGUUUCGGAUGGUUGUAGUUGAAACAAAAUCUCAAAUACUAGAAAUAAGUACUCAUGAAAUGGCGAUCGCAGACGUUGUCGGUGGUGGUAGUCAUUCAAUGAAUGGUAGUCAUCAUUCAAUCAGUGAUAAUUAUCGUUCAUCAACAAUUCCAUAUAAUUGUGUACAAUCAAUAGAAGAAGCUCGACAAGUGAAUGCUUUUAUUAGUGAAGGUUAUAUGAGACUUAAACCUCUUUUAUAUCCAUGUACAAUUGAAUUUAGUCUUAUGUCAUUAACUCUUUUCUAUCUCAUAUGGGAAAAUAUAGGAAAAACAUUUGCCUAUAAAAUGUCUGAUAAAGCAUCAACAAAAAAUGUUUUUAUGGUUAAUUGUCACGCAUCAAUUAAAGGUUUAUUUGCUGGUAUGAUUGUUUUUUCGUGUACAGUCAUAUCAAUUAUUCUUUAUGCUGUUUUUCGAAAUAAAAUUGGUGAUGAUGUACAUGGUGUAUCAUCAUUAACAACUCAUGGAGAAAAUUUUCUUCAUAAUAGAAUUCAUUCUCGUGAAGUAAUAAUAAGAAAUAUAACAACAACUACAUUACCUAGUCAACAUCAUUUAAUUAUUCCUCCACCACCACCACCACCUCAUGGUCCAUAUACAUCAAUAGCAAAAACACCGAAAAAAAUUUUAUAUAGUAUUGCUAUUGUUGAAAUUGUUAAUUUAAGUCUAUUAAUUACUUCAUUAACUGCAACAUUAUGGGCAUUAAUAAAAAUUCGGAAAUUACAAUAUCAAAGAACAACUACACGUUUUGAUGAUGUGUUAAUUGUUGUCUCAUUAACCGGCACUUAUUUAUAUACAAUUUUCAGUGCUUUUGCAUUACUGAGUAACAAAAAUCAAUCAACAUGGAUUGUUUAUCUUAAAAUAGCCAUCGUUAUUUUAGAAUUUAUUGAAGCAACUGUUCAUGCAUUGUUCAUUCUGAUUGCAUUACGUAAACGUCUUAGUCGAUUAAGUAAACAUCAAUAUCCAGCACGUGAAAUUAUAACAUUACUUAUAAUGCUUGAUCUUAGUUUAUGGUUUGAAGAAACAACAACAACAACAAAACAUGAAGCUAAUCCAUUUCAAUUAGCAUUUUAUCACACUAUUCCAUGGUCAAUUAUAGCUGCUAUUGCUACACCACUUCAAAUUUUUUUUCGUUUUCAUGCAUCUGUGUGUUUGUCACAUGUUUGGGAAAAUAUGUAUAUUUUACCAGCCUUCGAACCAGUUGCUCCACAUGGUUUAUAA